AUGAUCGCCUCUACCAAAAACCUGCACAUACGCGAACUGCGCGAGUCCGACCUCGACCGUUUGGUCACCCUGCAGCACGACCCGACGAUCAUGCGCAGCGGGCCGGCCUACCCCGUUCCGAAAGGGCCUACAUACCGCAAGCAGCUGGAGGCUCUGCCGGAUCACACCCUGAUCACGGUGAUGCGAGGAGACGCGCUUUUCGUCGGCAUGAUGACGCUUUCCAUUCGAAUCCCCAAGAAUCGGGAUGCCCAGUUCGGGAUCGCGCUGGUGGACAAAUGGCGUGGGAAGGGGUAUGGGACGGAGAUGACGGAGUGGAUCGUUGGCUACGCGUUCGAGCAACUUGCGGUCCAUAGGAUAUCGCUAGGGGUCCUCGAAUGGAACGCGGCUGCGAUCAGCGUAUACAAGAAAGUAGGAUUUGUCGAGGAAGGACGCAAGAGGAAGUGCAAUUGGCAGGAUGGAAAAUGGCAAGACAUGGUAUUUAUGGGAAUACUAGAGGAAGAGUGGCUGGCGAGGGCGCAACAGACAUGA